AUGCCGCUGGUGAAGAGGAAUAUCGAGCCCCGGCAUCUAUGCCGGGGGGCUCUUCCUGAGGGGGUGACGAGUGAGCUGGAAUGUGUCACCAACAGCACGCUGGCUGCCAUCAUCAAGCAACUGGGCAGCCUCAGCAGGCACGCGGAGGACAUCUUCGGCGAGCUGUUCAAUGAAGCCAACAGUUUCUACAUGCGGAUGAACUCGUUACAGGAGAGGGUCGACCUGCUGGUCAUCAAAGUGACGCAGCUGGACUCCACUGUGGAGGAAGUUUCGCUGCAGGACAUCAACAUGCGGAAAGCCUUCAAGAGCUCCACGGUGCAGAACCAGCAGGUCGUGUCUCGCAACUCCAUCCCCAACCCAGUGAUGGAGAUGUACCAGCGCUGCGACAAGCCCCCGCCACUCAACAUCCUCACGCCCUACAGAGAUGACAAAAAGGACGGCCUCAAGUUCUACACCGACCCCUCCUACUUCUUCAACUUAUGGAAAGAGAAAAUGUUGCAGGCGACAGAAGAUAAGAGAAAGGAGAAGCGCAGGCAGAAGGAGCAGCGGCUGGUGGAGGAUUCCACCCGGGAGGUGAAGAAAGUGAGGAAAGCCCGCAACCGGCGCCUGGAGUGGAACAUGAUGGCGUAUGAUAAAGAGUUCCGACCCGAUAACAGGUUCUCACCAUCCCCCUAUCACAUGGCAUCAUCGGAAGGAUCACUGUCCCCAGAUAAUAGAUCCUACGCGUCGGACGCGGCCGACCACUCGUACCCGGCGAGCCCCAACCACCCCGCACAGCUGCUGGCCCCGGCGUCCCACCUGGCCCCGGCGGAGCACAAGGAGGGGGUGCUGGCAGCCGCCCCCCCCCAGGAGCAUGUCUACCGCCCGGCGCCGGCAGCGGGCAGCCGGCAGAACAGCCUCAACCGCCUCCAGCAGCCCCACGCGCCGCAGCCGCCCGAGGCCAUCCUCAAUGGGCCAAGACCUCACUUAGUCAAGGAUUACGGCCCGGUGGCACCUCCACCGCCACCGCCGGGACCCCCCGCCGUUGCCGCCUCGCCGGCACACUCGGCGUCGCCGCCGGCCCCUGCUGUGGAGCCUCGGAAGCCGCAGAUCCCGCUGAUGCCCAUGAGCGAUGCCCGGAGCGACCUGCUGGCAGCCAUCCGCAGGGGAAUCCAACUCCGGAAAGUCCAGGAGCAGUGGGAACAAGAGGCCAAAAAAGAGCCUGUGGGCAAUGACGUGGCGACGAUCCUGUCCCGCCGGAUCGCGGUGGAGUACAGCGAGUCCGACGAUGACUCCGAGCUGGACGAUAACGAGUGGUCGGACUGA